AUGAAGAGUCUAUCGAUUUAUCUAUCUAUCUUUCUAUCUAUCUAUCUAUUCUGUCCAGGAUUAUUAUUUCCAUUGGUUCUUCUUCUUCUUCUUUCUUCUUCUUCUUCUUCUUCUUCUUCUUCUUCUUCUUCUUCUAUCAAUGACACAGCAAUAUCUAUCUAUCUAUCUAUCUAUCUAUCUAUCUAUCUAUGUCUCUCUCUCUAUGACAAACUCAUUUAUUUUGAUCGUUUCUUUCUUUCCUUUUUUCUUUCUUCCUUUCCGUUUUUCUUUCUUUCCAUUUUCCUUUCUUUCGUUCAUUCUUUCUUUCUUGCCUUUUUCCUUUCUUCUUUUCACUCUUUCUUUUUUUUCUUUUUGCUUUCUUUUCAGUUUUUCUUUUUUUCCUUUUUCCCUUCUUCUUUUCAGUCUUCCUUUCUUUCCUUUCUUUUUUUCGUUCAUUCUUUCUUUCUUCCCUUUCUCCUUUCUUCUUUUCAGUCUUUCUUUCUUUCUUUCUUUUUUCCUUUGUCCUUUUUAGUCUUUCUUUCUUACCAUUUCCUUUCUUCUUUUCACUCUUUCUUUCCUUUUUUUCUUUCUUCUUUUCAAAAUUUCUUUCUUCCUUUUUCUUUUCUCCUUUCCAGUCUUUCUUUCCUUUUUCCUUUCUUCUUUUCAUUCUUUCUUUCUUUCCUUUUUCCUUUCUUUCGUUCAUUCAUUAUCUAUCUAUCUCUAUCUAUCUAUCUAUCUUAUCUAUCUAUGGCUAUUAAUUAUGUAUGUAUGUAUGUAUGUAUGUAUCUAUCUAUCUAUCUAUCUAUCUAUCUAUGUCUGUUAAUUAUGUAUGUAUGUAUGUAUCUAUCUAUCUAUCUGCGCCAAUCUGUUCAUUAUCUAUGUCUGUUAAUUAUAUAUGUAUGUAUGUAUGUAUCUAUCUAUCUAUCUAUCUAUGAGAGCAGAGCACAGAUCACAAUCGUUUUUUUCUUAUUCUUUCUUCACUCUCUCUCUCUUUCUCUCUCUUUUUCUCUCUCUCUCUCUUCCCGAUCUAAAGCAACUAUCUCAUUCAGUUCAUAUCUAUCUAUCUAUCUAUCUAUCUAUCUAUCUAUCUAUCUAUCUAUCUAUCUAUCGAUUUAUCUAAUUCAUUCUAUUCAUAUCUACUUAUCUGUCUCAUUCUGUGUAUAUAUUUUUCUGUUUCUAUCCAUGUUCAAAUCUACCUGUGUAUCUCAUUCUGGUUCAUCUUUCUUUCUUUCUUUAUCUAUCUAUCUAUCUAUCUAUCUAUCUAUCUAUCUAUCUAUCUAUCUUAGUCUGUUCUUUAUCUAUCUAUUUGUCUAUCUAUCUAUCCCAGUCAGUUAUCUAUCUAUCUAUCUAUCUAUCUAUCUAUCUAUCUAUCUAUCUAUCUAUCUAUCUAUCUAUCUUAGUCUGUUCUUUAUCUAUCUAUUUGUCUAUCUAUCUAUCCCAGUCAGUUCUUUAUCUAUCAUCUAUCUAUCUCAUCCCUAUCUUAGUCUGUUCUUUAUCUAUCUAUUUGUUCAUCUAUCUAUCCCAGUCAGUUAUCUAUCAUCUAUCUAUUCAUCUCAUCUAUCUAUCUAUCUAUCUAUCUAUCUAUCUAUCUUAGUCUGUUCUUUAUCUAUCUAUCUAUCUAUCUAUCUAUCUAUCUAUCUAUCUAUCUAUCCCAGUCAGUUCUUUAUCUAUCUAUCUAUCUAUCUAUCUAUCUAUCUCUAUCUAUCUAUCUAUCUAUCUCAGCCAGUUCAAACUUGCCCGUCAUCAUCGUCAACCAUUUUCUUUUUUCGAGUAGCCCUGCCCGGCCCAGCUGUAAGCGUUGCAGGCAUGUUCAUCCCAGACAUAGAAAUGGUGGUAUUCAUUGUCAAUGUCAGCUUUUCAGAACAGAAGUUGUCGCCAUCCACAAAAGCUCGUUGUUUAAGCACGCACUAA